GGGGGGGGGGGGGGGAUCAUCCUUUUCCUUACUGGCUGGUUUGAAAAGUUUUCCCUUUACAAACUAGUUUGUACAAUAUUUCCUAGACUGGUAAAUUUGUUAAGUAUUUCCUAUAUGCUGGCUGUUUUGGUACCGUUAAGUUUCUUAGUGACAGGAUUGUACAAUAGUUUCUAUAGUGACUGUUUUAUACAAUAGUUUCUAUGGUGACUGAUUUGUACAAUAGUUUCUAUAGUGACUGGUUUCUACAAUAGUUUCUAUGGUGAAUGGUUUAUACAAUAGUUUCUAUGGUGACUGUUUUGUACAAUAGUUUCUAUGGUGACUGUUUUUUACAAUAGUUUCUAUAGUGACUGUUUUGUACAAUAGUUUCUAUAGUGACUGUUUUGUACAAUAGUUUCUAUAGUGACUGUUUUGUACAAUAGUUUCUAUAGUGACUGAUUUGUACAAUAGUUUCUAUAGUGACUGUUUUAUACAAUAUUUUCUAUGGUGACUGUUUUGUACAAUAGUUUUUAUAGUGACUGAUUUGUACAAUAGUUUCUAUGGUGACUGAUUUGUACAAUAGUUUCUAUAGUGACUGGUUUAUACAAUAGUUUCUAUAGUGACUGUUUUAUACAAUAGUUUCUAUGAUGACUGAUUUGUACAAUAGUUUCUAUAGUGACUGGUUUCUACAAUAGUUUCUAUGGUGACUGUUUUAUACAAUAGUUUUUAUAGUGACUGGUUUCUACAAUAGUUUCUAUGGUGACUGUUUUGUACAAUAGUUUCUAUAGUGACUGUUUUAUACAAUAGUUUCUAUGGUGACUGUUUUAUACAAUAGUUUCUAUAGUGACUGUUUUAUACAAUAGUUUUUAUAGUGACUGUUUUAUACAAUAGUUUUUAUAGUGACUGGUUUCUACAAUAGUUUCUAUGGUGACUGUUUUAUACAAUAGUUUCUGUAGUGACUGGUUUGUACAAUAGUUUCUAGAGUGGCUGGUAUGUACAACAGUUUCAGCCUCGAGUUUUACAUAUAUUAGUUAAGAAACCUUAUAUAAAUAAUGAUAAUCUUUAUUUCUAGAAUCGGACAUACAAACAACAAUAAACUUUAGCUAUAUACAUGUAUUAGCUAUAUACAUGUAUUAGCUAUCUACCGACUUGCACCGCUUUCUGCACGAAGGGGUCAUUUAUAUUCCGAUUCUAAUACUUCUAAAGUCAGAUGUUUAACAUUGAGGGGACGGUCAGGUUUCAGAUGAGAUCAUAGUAGAAAAUCACUAUAGGACAUUUAAUAUCAACAAGUAAUGCUAUCUAUGCUUCGAGGGAUAGAAGGUCGAGGCAUAUUAAAUGAAAGCUCACAAUGAUCACUGGUUGAAAAUAGCAAUACGAUUCUUAGAAUUCUGAAUUAUAGCGAUUCACCUUAGAAUCGUGAAUUCAAUAACUGAAAUAAGUGAUUUACCCAGUAGUAGUUUAGAAAUUAUAUGUUUUGUUUUACUACUGGUGUAUAUCAAGAAAAUAAUAUAUAUUGACUGCGAAUUAAAUAGAUUUCACACAUCGUUCAUAUCUCAUACUUUCUCUACUCAUCAAUCUAUAUGUAUUUUAUUGGAAAAUGUGGAGUUACCAUUCCUUUAUGGGAUAAACCAGUUCUGAAUGAGGCGAUACCAGGUAUUGUAUGUGCAAAACCCAGCUACAACUCACGGAUAAAGUAUGAAACCUAAGCUAGCUACAAACCACGGAUAAAGUGUGAAACCUAAGCUAGCUACAAACCACGGAUAAAGUGUGAUACCUAAGCUAGCUACAAACCACGGAUAAAGUGUGAAACCUAAGCUAGCUACAAACCACGGAUAAUGCUAGCUACAAACCACGGAUAAAGUGUGAUACGUAAGCUUGCUACAAACCACGGAUAAAGUGUGAAACCUAAGCUAGCUACAAACCACGGAUAAAGUGUGAUACCUAAGCCAGCUACAAACCACGGAUAAAGUGUGAAACCUAAGCUAGCUACAAACCACGGAUAAAGUGUGAUACCUAAGCUAGCUACAAACCACGGAUGAAGUGUGAUACCUAAGCUAGCUACAAACCACGGAUAAAGCUAGCUACAAACCACGGAUAAAGCUACAUGUAGCUACAAACCACGGAUAAAUCUUGCUACAAACCACGGAUAAAGCUAUCUAUAGCUACAAACCACGGAUAAAUCUUGCUACAAACCACGGAUAAAGCUACAUGUAGCUACAGACCACGGAUAAAGCCAGCUACAAAUUGCGGAUAAAGCUAUCUACAAACCAUGGAUUAAGUAUGAGUCGUGAGCCAGCAAUAAAGGAUAAAGUGUUAUACUUGAGAACUUCGGAACAAAAUUAAAAAAAAAAACGUAUUCCUCUACAUGCUAUUUACAUAGACUGCUGGUGGGGGCUUUGUCAUUUUGAUUCUAUAGAACACAUGUCUUAUAUUAAUACACCAACAUGAUGAAGCGGAUUAUCAGCAAUAUUCUAUAUUCCUGUUACUGCACUCUUCUAUGCCUUUCAUGUUCUUGUAAACGAAGUCUGUUUCUAUUUUACGGGUUUCUUUCACCCGUGUAUCUACGGAGAAGCUGUUUGUGUGUUGAUACAUCUACAAGUCAUAUAUUUCCUAAAUUAUUUUAAUUGGCGUUUCUGUUGUAUCUUUCUUCUUCAUAUUUAGUUCUUCUACAGCUGAGCUAAAUGCUCCUCGUGUCACGUGUUUCUUUCUUCGUCAGUGUAACAAGUCGACACUGCCUCACGUCCUUUUGACCUUGUCAGCUCUUUGCUAAGUUCUUUUUUCACUUUUAAUGGACCAUAUGUCACCGCCUAUAUCUUCAGUUAUUUGAACAAAUGCCCCAGUUGUUACAUGUACGAAUCCAUCUCAAGUCUUUGUUGUUUUUCUAAAGAUGUCUAGAUGGUCAACCUCUACUUGGUAAGUGUACCUUAACAUAUACAAAUACCCUGGUAAAUAUUCAUAUUUGGUCGCCAGUGUAUCAUUUAUGCACGUUUGAUCAAUUGUUAAUGAGCUCCGUUUGUGCCUGUUCAAUACAUAUAUAUAUAUAUAUAUAUAUAUAUAUAUAUAUAUAUCUUCACAGGUUAUGUCAAACGUUUUGUUGAUCAUGAUCAAUAUUGUGUUCAUUUCAUCAAUAUCUAUGCUGACGAAUUCAUUAAAAUGCAGUGGUUGGAUAAUAAUUAUAUGGAAGUUUACCAUCCUAAGCAUAUCUUUGUAUGUGUAAUUCCAGUUAAUGAUAUCAAUACCUAAUGUAACACUUGCCACUUUGAAACUUUAGUAUCAAAAUUAAUGUAUAAAAUUCUAAUUGUACAUGUAUGUACUUUUAAAAUGUCUGGUAUCCUCAGUAGGGGGAAUAUUCAUACUAAUUUAUCUUUAACAAAACUCAAAUGCAUGUCCUACCAGACUUGAUGUAGAUUGCCUGACAUAUGUAACUAUUGUUUCGCUGAAACCGUGUACACUGCAGGUCAGACGGUACAAAGCAAAUUCAGCGCUUUCAAUUGGUCUCUAAUUAAGGUUAUCAUGCCGUUAAUGGAAGCGUCUUUGUGGUCCACAGAGUGACAUUCAGACAGCAAUAUGUAAAUGAAAUGACUGUCCCCGGUAUUAAGUAAUAAGCAUUAUGGUUGCAGACAAGUUGGGUUCCUAUGAUUUAUAGGAGCCACAUUUCGACUUGACGUUUUGUGUCACAAACUUCUGCAUGCGAUUCAAGGGAAUUUAAAGAAAUAGUAACAAAGUUUGAUCUGGAAUUAAGUACUCUGUGAAAAUCCCUUUAAUGCAGAUGUUGAAAAUUAUUUAGAGAGGUUUUAUCUAAAGGGAUGGUUAAUUGUGGUUUACAAAUGAUGAUAAAUUCAGUGAAACUUACAAGACAUGUAGCAGACAAUAAUUGCAGAAAUGUACGCAAAAAAAGAGAGUUGUGUGUUGAACUUUAAUUCACAUUAUGCAAAUGAAAUUCAUAAACCACGUGUUAUCUAUGGGAUUAUGUAAUACACACAGGUGUCUUUGCAGUUGAAAUUAAAUAGGGAAAGGACUCUUUGAAGAUUUGGUUACUAUGUACUUUUUCUUUCCCCUUUUUUGUAUUUUCUUCAAAGAGUCACUCUUUGCUUACGUCACGACCUGUUUAUUUAUUUUUUUUCUUUCCUACUUUGUCAUAUGAAAAAUGAAGCCAGACUAUGUUACAAAAAACUAUUGACAUAAACCCGAUAAGAAAAGACAAGAUAUUGUUCAACAACUUGACGAACAUGUUCAAGAUGACAUGGUUUAUGUCUAGGGGCAGUCAAAUUACAAGACAGAAUUUAAAAACAUUGAUAUCUUUACCACCGUAAUACACACCAGUAUUCGUCUGGUGCGGAAGUAAAAGAAAUGAUUUUGCUUUAUUAAUUGAUUAAUUUAAUGGCGACCGGCGGUAUAAGCUAGUGAAAAUCCAUACAACCAUUUAGCCAUUGUUUCCCCACGGGAUUCCGUCAAAUCGGGAGAUAUUGUAGUUUAUAUCGUCUGCUUGCAAAGUGUACAGCUGAGGCAGUCUUGGGGAAUCGGGUUCUUCUAAGGCUAGGAAACCAGCAUCCGGGUAUUCUGGAAACCGCAGAAAAAUCCACGCUCAUAAUGUGUACGUAUGUAUAUUAGGAAAAUCGGCGAACCGGAUCGGGUCAAUAAACCUAGUGCUGGUGUCAAUCAUUGCAAGUUUCUGCUCCAGUGGGAAUUUCAGUAUUUUGAAUAAAACUGUGUAUUGGAUUUUAUUCCGUUGCUGCAAGUGAAGUUGGAACAUGUAGUGGUCUGGCUCAGCUCCCGCGCUCAGGAAUCCUACAAAGCUGUAUAUAUGCUGUGUUUUAAAACUGAUGUAUUAUUUAUAUAUUUGCUCCGUGUUCAUUCGACGUUGAAUAUUUAGAAUUAUCGGCUUUGUUUAAAAGAAUACUAGCGCCUGUUGCACUGCAAUGAGCCGAGGAAAAUGUGAGGAGAGGAAUUUAAGCUAGUUCCCAGGCGUAGAAUAUAUGCAUUGCAUAUGCAAACUGAACUAUUUUUGCACGCAAUUAUAAUCAUUUGUUUGUAAACAAAAUAUCAAGGACGAGUAGGAUAAGGUGCUAAGUUUGGAAAAUGGAACAGGAGGGUCCCUGGGAGUCGAUGAGAGCUGAGCAGGAAAAUGGAGAGUUACUGUCUGAAGAUGAACGAGUGGAAGCAUCCAAGGAUCUCCGAGAAGAGGAGCCCCAAGGCAAUGUGAAAGAAGUCUGGAUUUCCAUGUCUGAUGGCUCUCGAAGUGAAAAGUGCAGUGAUCGAUUCCUGCAUUGCCUCUCUCAAGUACCAUGUGGAUCCCUGAUUGCCUGGAUUAUUCUUCUUGUUGGACUCGGUGGCCUGACGGGUGGACUUCUGAUUGGUGCGCAGAAAACACGUGACAUGCUCGACAAUGACCAGUUUCUGUGGUUCAUCGAGUAUACCCUGAUUGGAGUAGUGGUCAGUAUGUUUGUGAUUGGAACGUUGCUACUCUUUGUCGGACAUAUCUCGACGGAACCCACCAGCCGCCAUGUUUUUCAAACCACUAACAAGAACAUGUGCGCCCAGGGACUCAAUAUAUUCCUGAUGGUUUUCUGUUACAUCCUGGGCUUUUUGUGGAUCGUGGCAUCUGUGGUUCUGGCUGUGCCUGUCUAUCUUCUGUCCUUGCUGUACAUUGUAGAUUUCACCUCCAUCCAACCAGGUGCCUCUGACGGGAAAAUACACAAAUGCAUUAAUCUAGUCAAUUACGGCUUGGAAAAUCAGGAGUUCUGUGGCACCGACUUUCAAAAUUUCGAAAGAGAGGGGAAACAGUUAAUCAUCAGCUAUAUUGCAGCACUACUUUCAUCUAUUUUGAUAGCUAUUAGCUUGAUCCACUUUUUGAUUGUCAUCAGUGCUAAUCUUACCCACCUGCGAAAUUCUCGCGUGGCCACACUCAAUGCCUAUGAUGAUGAUUUGGCUAAUUCAAAGCUUGUAGCUGAUACCACCAUGUAAGCUAAGACAAGCGUUAACACGACCAUGAAUAAGGCAGCUGUGACAUCAUCAGGUGGAUGGUUUAAAAACAUUUCAUUUACUGCUGAAGAAUUGUGAAAAGAAGUAUGUUUGAAUGAGAUUAAAAAUCAACUCCCUGAGAUUACACUACGACUAAUUCCGCUGUUAUGGUAACAGUAAAAAUUGUAAAAUAUUCUUUUUUUGGUAAACCACGACACUUUGAUGCUAGAUGACAUAGACACAGCCUUAAGUUGAGAAGGUCAGAGGAAAUUCGGGCAGCAGCAUCAUUUCCUCUUUUAUAUGUAUAUUUUUCAAACGUUCGCUUUAAAUGGAAAUGUGCAAUACAUAGUUUCUUAUAUAUCUAAGAUUUGUUAGAUUGUUUGUUGUACUUGCUUAGUAGUGUAUAAGUAUUAUGUCACCGUACAGUGUAGUGAAGGGCAUUGUGAGAUUAGGUUUAAAGUACAGAGAUAUAUCAUUGUAAAGGUAAAUAUGAAUUUAGAAUCCUACAAGGUUGACUUGAAGUUUCAAUGAAAUUACUGGGGCCAAUAUUUUAUAAGAUUCCUUUGCGUUGUUUGUUUCCUGUUUUAUUAUUAUUAUUAGACAUGAUCUUGUUUUGUAAAAUCUUUCUUCCAGGAAAAAAAAUCUCAUUUACAGUACAUGAGGAAAUAUUUGGGAGGGGUGGGUGCAGGGGUACGGCAACAUGUAGCCUUUCAUCAUAGACAAAGAGGAAUAACUCUAGAUGUAGAUCUCGUGCAUACUGAUGUAAACAAGAGCGAUAUGAUAAAAUGUACCAGGUUGAAAGGAUAUUUACACUUCAAUAGAUUUGACAAACCUUUCGUUGCACUGAUGGAAGUCUUGCCGUAGAGUUUAAUUGCUUAAAGCAUUGACCUUUUCUAUUUUAGUUAAAACCAAAUGACCUCCAGAGAAGUAUUGAAGGACGUUUGUCUCAUUAUUCUAAAUUUAAAUAUUUGCCACAGAAAUAACUUUUUCCUGAAAUCAAAUUUAAUGCGUUUUAUGAGCUGCCAAGCGUAAAUUGUCUUAAUUACGUCAUACUGUUUCGUGUUCAUUGUUGUAUGUUAUUGAAAUACUAUCUUAAAUUUUGUUAACGAAAAGCCUACUCGUGCCUGUUAACAAUUGUGUGAUUAGCGGUACAAUCCCCCUGGUUGCAUGAAAACAUUGUUAAUGAAAUAGUUCUUGUUGAUUGAUUGAAGUUGGAAUCCAUUGGUUGGUAAACAAAACAUAAAUGAUAAUUAAUGUGAAGAAAACAUUUAUUUUCCGAAUUAGUCAGACACAAACACUGUAUUGGAAUAUAGAGAGGUUGUUUAUUUAUAAUACUGUUUGAACUGUUCCAGAUUAUUUAUGUAAUACGUACGUAGUUGGUUUAUUAAUAAAUGUGAAGUAAAAAGAA